AUGCUGCGGUACUUGCUGAAGACGCUGCUGCAGCUGAACCUGUUCGCCGACUCGCUGGGAGCGGAGAGCUCCAACUCUUCCGACCCCAACGGUACGGGUCCCGCGCUCCGUCUCACCCCCGGGAACGGUUCCCACCCCCUGCUGGAGGACACAGCCCCCCGCAUCGUGCAGCACCCAACGGACCUCCUAGUGCCCAGGGGGGACCCAGCCACCCUGCACUGCCGGGCUGAGGGCCGCCCAGCACCUGCAGUGGAGUGGUACAAGGACGGGGAGCGGGUGGGGACGGGGCGGGGGGACCGCACCCUCCUGCCAGGGGGGUCCCUCUACUUGCCCCGUAUCCUUCCCGGCCGGCGAGGCAGGACCGACGAGGGUGUCUAUGUCUGUGUAGCCAGGAACUACCUGGGAGUGGCCACCAGCCGCAAUGCCUCGCUGGAGCUGGCUGUGCUGCGGGACGAUUUCCAGCAGCCCCCUGGGGAUGUGGAGGUGGCCUCGGGUGACCUGGCUGUCCUGGAGUGCGUCCCCCCCCGUGGCCACCCCAAGCCCAGCAUCACCUGGAAGAAGGACGGUGCUUGGCUGGGUGACGGGGAUGAGCGCCUGACGGGGAGGCGGGCCACGGCCCUCUGUGUCGGCGUGGCCACCAACGCGGCGGGGGAGCGGGACAGCGCGCCCGCCCGCCUGCUGGUCCUGGAGCGCCCUGCUUUCGACCAGCGACCCCAGGACCAGGCAGUGCUGGUGGGGGGGACAGCUGAGUUCACCUGCCAGGCUGGAGGGGACCCCAGGCCCGCAGUGCGGUGGUACAAGGAGGAGGGCACUAUGCCGGCAGGGAGGUGGGAUGUGCUCCCUGACAACACCCUGCAGCUGUGGGCUCUGCGUCCAGAGGACGAGGGCACCUACACCUGUGUGGCUGACAAUGGCGUGGGCCGUGCCCAGGCCUCUGCCACCCUCACUGUCCGUGUGCCCCCCCAGCUGGUCACCGGCCCCCGCGACCAGAGUGUCACCCCUGGGCAGAGUGUCACCUUCCCCUGCCACACCAGGGGCAACCCCCCGCCUGCCAUCUUCUGGCAGAAGGAAGGCACCCAGACCCUGCUGUUCCCGGGCCAGCCCCCCUCACCCAGUGCCCGCCAUUGGGUGUCCCCUGCUGGGUCCCUCACCAUUGUCAACGUCACCCGUGCCGAUGCUGGCUCCUACCUGUGCCAGGCCCUCAGCGUGGCUGGCAGCCUGCUGGCCCAGGCCAGCCUUCAGGUGGCCCAGGGUGAGUUCCUGCCCCAUCCCAGCCCUCCCACCCUCCCUGCACCCCUUGCACCCACCCAGCACCCAGAAAUUCCUGGCUCUUCCCCCCACCCGCCGGUGAUCCGUCGGGGGCCCGGCAACCGGAGGGUUCUGCCAUGCCGGGGGGCGCAUGGUGGGGACCCUCCCACCAGCAGGGGAGGGCAGAAGGAUGGGAAUGCCCUGGGAGGGGCCCAGCCCCACAUCAGUCUGCUGGAGAACAGCACCCUGCGGAUCAGUGGGUUGAAGGUGGUGGAGUUGGGGCACUACAACUGCGUGGCCACCAGCCCAGUGGGCAAGAUGAGCUGGGGUGACUCCCUGGAGGUACAAGGUAAUGGAUCUGACAUUUCCCCACUGCCUCCUGAAGCUGGUGUUCUCCCUGGGCCACCCUCCACCCCUGUGGUUACCAACAUCACUGAAAGCAGCGUCACCCUCAGCUGGAAAGGAAAUGAGGAUAGUGGUGCCACCAAUGUCACCUCCUACAUUGUGGAGGCUUUCAGCCAGGCAGCGGGUGGUCCAUGGCAGACAGUGGCAGCUGACGUGGAGGGUGAGACCCACACAGUGAGCGGCCUCAUUCCUGACACCAUCUACCUCUUCCUGGUGCGGGCGGCCAAUGCCCACGGGCUCAGUGACCCCAGCGGCCUCUCGGAGCCUGUGCGCACUCAAGCCACCACCCCUGUGCAGGCAGGGCUGGACCUGGAGAAGGUGCAACAGGAGCUGGGGCAGGGGACUGUGCACCUGCUGGAGCCUGUGGUGCUGCUGCCAGGCACUGUCCGCCUCUUCUGGACUGUGGAGCACCAAGCACCCUUUCUUGAGGGCUACCGGGUGCUGCUGCGGCGGGGUGGUGGGCGCUGGGAGGAGGCACGGGUGGCACGGGGAGACCGGGGGGUGCUGCUCACCCACCUGCACCGUGGCCAGAACUACCAGGUCAAGGUCCAACCCUACUUCCACCACUUCCAUGGCCCUGAUAGCGCCGUACGCACCCUGAGCAUCCCAGAGGCGGUCCCCAGUGCCCCACCACAAGCUGUCAGCGUGGCUGGGAAUGGCAGCAGUAAUGCCCCCAGUGCCCGAAUUUCGUGGGAGCCGCCACCACCAGCUGAGCAGAACGGCAUCAUCCGUGACUACCGGAUCUGGUGCUUGGGCAAUGAGAGCCGCUUCCACAUCAACCAGAGCGUGGAGGGGACAGUACUGGUGACAGUGCUGCAGGGACUCAUCCCCGGUGUCCCUUACCAUGCCCAAGUCGCCGCUGCCACCAGUGCUGGUGUGGGCACCCGCAGUGCCCCCAUCCCUAUCCUUGUUGUCCCCCCAGUGGAGCAGGAUGUGGGGCUGGCAGGUGGCAGCAGCGUGGCCCAGCGCUUGGCUGAGGUGGCACGUCGCCCAGCCUUCAUUGCGGGUGUCGGCAGCGCAGGCUGGCUCAUCCUGGCAGCCUUGGCCAUGUGGCUCUACAGCCGCCGGCGCAGGAAGAAGGAGCUGAGCCACUUCACUGCAUCCUUUGCCUACACGCCUGCUGAUGCUGGCAUCACCCGUUACAUUGCCCAGAUGGAGCCAUUUGGGGCCGGGGCUGGCGAGGGGCUGGUUUACGGCACACUUGAGGUGGCGGAUGAGGAGCUCGGCACCCUCCCCCGCCCCUUCUCGCAGCAUGGGACCCCCUACCCCGGGGGGGGUCCCCAACCCAUGGAUGCCCCAGCCCCCCACCGACGGGUUGAGCAUGGGGCCAAGGGGACAAAGCUAGGGAAGACAGUAAAGCCACCAGUGGUAACUUGGACAGAGGUGAAGCCACCAGCAGUGAGUUGGAUGGAGGUGAAGCCACCAGUGGUGAGUUGGACGGAGCUGCUGCCCCCACCACCUUCAGACAGUGAGCUCAGCCACUGUGCCCAGGAGGAGGAUGAAGAGGAAGAGGCAGCUAGAGGGUUGGGGACAGAGGAGUGGUGCCCUGGUGAGGACAUCCCCUGUGCCACCGCCACACCCUCGCCUGCUGCCUCCUCCCGAUCCAUGGCCAUGCUGACACCAUCGGCCCACACCACUGAGGACACCUCCUGCCUCCAUGACUUCCAGAGCUCCCGCCUGCCCUGGAGCCCCCCCCGGAGUGCUGGAACCUCCAAUCAGGACACUGUUGAGACCCCUCCACCCCGAGCCCGCUGCCCACUGGGCACAGGGACAACCCGUGGGGACACCCCAAAAAGUCGCCUGAAGCCCAAAUGCAGCCGCUACCGUCAGGAAAAGCCACCAGGAGAGCUGCCACCUCCCCCUGUGCCACCACCGGGCCAGACCCCUGGCACCUUGCCAGAGCCCAGCAGGGCCCAGCACCAGGCCACCCCAGAUGAGCUCAUCCCCUACGGCAAAACCUCAGGCCAGCCCUGGGGUCAAGCAUCUGGUGGUGGCUCCACCGCUGGCAGCAUCUCAUCCAGAGGCUCCACCAGCUCCCGUGGCCAUGGCUCAGGGUGCAGCAGGACCACAGGGGACCGCAGCCACCGCCACCGCCCGGGGCCACCUGCAACCUGCCCCACACAGGACAAGUGA